AUGGCAGCCAAAAACUGUACCCUCCAUUUUAUCACCUUAAUCUCCAUCUUCUUGCCACUAACACAAUCCAUACAGUUCAAUUUUCCUGCUGUUUUUAACUUUGGUGAUUCAAAUUCUGACACUGGCAACCUUGUUGGGGCUGGCAUUGAAAGCAUUAGACCACCUUAUGGGGAAAUUCACUUCCAUAUAGCAUCUGGGAGAUACUGUGACGGCCGUCUCAUUAUUGAUUUCCUCAUGGAUGCAAUGGAGCUUCCCUUCCUAAAUGCAUAUUUGGAUUCAGUUGGGGUACCGAAUUUUCAAAAAGGAUGCAACUUUGCAGCUGCAGGAUCAACUAUACUUCCAGCAACUGCAACAUCAGUUAGCCCAUUUUCCUUUGGGGUUCAAGUGAAUCAGUUUUUACGAUUCAAAGCUCGGGUUCUUGAAUUGCUGGCCAAAGGUAAGAAAUUUGAUAAAUACAUCCCAGCAGAAGAUUAUUUUGGGAAGGCGCUAUACAUGUUUGAUAUAGGCCAGAAUGAUCUCGCUGGUGCAUUUUAUUCAAAAACAUUUGAUCAAAUAGUUGCAUCAAUCCCCAACAUUUUGGCCGAUUUCGAAACUGGAGUCAAGAAACUAUAUGACCAAGGAGGUAGGAAUUUUUGGAUCCACAACACCGGUCCUCUUGGGUGCUUGCCUCAAAAUGUUGCGAAAUUCGGAACUGAUUUAUCAAAGCUGGAUGAGCUCGGAUGUGUAAGUGGGCAUAAUCAAGCAGCUAAACUUUUAAAUUUGCAGCUUCAUGCUCUCACUAAAAAGCUGCAAGGCCAGUAUGCGGAUUCAAAUAUCACAUAUGUUGAUAUCUACACAAUAAAAUCCAACCUCAUUGCUAAUUAUUCUCGAUAUGGAUUUGAGCAACCCAUAAUGGCAUGCUGUGGCUAUGGAGGACCACCGCUUAACUAUGACAGCAGGGUUUCUUGUGGGCAAACUAAAGUUUUGAAUGGGACCAGCGUCACAGCCAAAGCAUGCAAAGAUACUACUGAGUAUGUGAGUUGGGAUGGAAUUCAUUAUUCAGAGGCAGCAAAUCAGCAUAUUUCCUCACAAAUACUCACCGGAAAAUUUUCAGAUCCACCAUUCUCUGAUAAAAUGCCUUUCCUUCUCAGUCUUAAGUUCUGA